GACCUUGGGAGUAAAAUGGCUCACUGGUGGCUGCGUGGCGCCGUGCUCAGCAUCUCCGUAGCAGCUGCUUCCCUCCUCAGCCUUAAAAAUCUCCGGUUUCCGCGUGUCGGGCUUCUCUGCCUCCGCAGUCGGGAGCAGUCCGCCGAUGCAGCAGGGGGCGCUGCCGCGCAGCGGCGCGCAACCGGGGGAGGGCCGCUCUGGUGCCGAAAGGAGACUCUGUGGCAACUGGGGGGAGUUGGCGCCGGUAGUGAGAGGGCGGUGUGGGGGAGGUGGCGCUCUGGGCGGCGAUCGGCGGUGGAGGGGCGAGGCGGUGGCCGCUCUGGCCGGCCGACUCGUUGGUGCGGAGUCCCGGAAGCAGCGUUCUCCGAGGCCGGGCGCGGAAUGGCGGAGAGUCCGGCCGCCGAGGAGGCGGCUCCGGCCGCGGUGCUGGCGGCGACGGGCAGCGGCGGCGGCGGAGCCUCGGCCAGCUCGGGCGCCGGCGCGGGGAGCCCCGGCGUCUUCAUCCCCGCCGAACUGUGGGCGGCGGCGGGUUUCGGCUCUUCACCGGCGGCCGCCAGCGUCGCCCCGGGCAGCGGCGGAGCUCCCAUCGCAGCGGCCGCGGCGGCGGCCGCGGGGGCCGCGCUCCUCACGCAUUCCGCCUUCUGGGACCCCACGGUCAGCGGUGACUGGGACAGCGAGCGGCCCAGCUCGGCCUGCCUGCUGCGGAUCAAACGGGAUAUUAUGUCCAUUUACAAGGAACCGCCCCCGGGAAUGUUUGUUGUGCCUGAUCCCCAUGACAUGACCAAGAUUCAUGCAUUGAUCACAGGCCCAUUUGACACGCCUUAUGAAGGGGGUUUCUUCUUGUUCCUGUUUCGCUGUCCUCCAGAUUAUCCUAUCCACCCGCCAAGGGUCAAACUGAUGACAACGGGAAAUAACACAGUGAGGUUUAACCCCAACUUCUACCGCAAUGGGAAAGUCUGCCUGAGUAUUCUAGGCACUUGGACCGGGCCUGCAUGGAGCCCAGCACAGAGUAUCUCCUCAGUUCUCAUCUCCAUCCAGUCCCUGAUGACUGAGAACCCGUAUCACAAUGAACCCGGCUUUGAGCAGGAGAGGCACCCUGGGGACAGCAAGAACUAUAAUGAGUGUAUUCGGCAUGAGACCAUCCGAGUAGCAGUGUGUGACAUGCUGGAAGGAAAGUGUCCCUGUCCUGAGCCACUACGGGGUGUAAUGGAGAAAUCCUUCAUGGAAUACUACGACUUCUAUGAAGGGGUGUGCAAAGAGAGACUUUAUCUCCAAGGUCAGACGAUGCAGGAUCCUUUUGGAGAAAAACGAGGCCACUUUGACUAUCAGUCCCUAUUAGUCCGUUUGCAAGGAAUUCGGCAGAAGGUGCAAGAGAAACAUCAGCAGGAGAAUACAGAAAUAGACUCUGAGAGCAGCUCCUCUGAGACAGAGACAGACACUCAGGGUUGCUCCAAAGCUUAGAGCUGCGUUACGACGGAGAGGCCAAGCCGUGGGGAUGUUCUGUCUUCACACUAGAGUACCCCUGACAGACUCAACAACCAAACCAAUGCCAGAGUGGAGAAAACUGUGGGAUAUCUUCUGUCUCCUUCUACUGCUCUGGUGGGUAACGCUGAACGAGAAGACUUCAUGCUAGACAAAGCCAAGCUUGUGACAGGCUACUCUUACAAGGUACUUACUCUACUAGAAAUCCGGAGCAUGUGGCAUCAGGUUAUUAUUAUUUUUUUUUUUUUGAAAACAUCUACACUGGUUAUUUUUUUUUUUCUUCUUUUUUUUGUCUCCAUUUGAUUAAAGAAUGAGAUCUAGACUGCGCCUCCUCUUUACAGCUUUUCUGUUCCUAGCCAGUGAGCCCUUCCCUGGGGCCAUGCUGAAUACGGAGCUGUAGCUGUGGGAGCGCUUUGAUGAGUCUGGGGUAUGACAGGGCCCAGGCACUGUGUGCCUGGAUGAAACCUUUUUGUGCAGACUGGGAGAGAUGGAGCCUGUCUGCUCUGUGGAGCCCAUCUACCCGGUGUCUUUCUUCUAGACAGACCAAAGAUAAAGAGCAGUGGUGGAAUCUGGGCUCCUUUCUGAAAGCUUUACACAAGCCGUGGGUGACUUCAUCCACUGAGACUUCAGGCACAAAAGGGGAGGAGGAAAAGGCAAGAAUCCGUACAUUGAGUGCAGGUCUGUUCACCGUGGUGUUAUGGGGAAGGCGAGAAAAACCAUUGGUUCAGAGAUAGGGGAGCACUAAAAGAAAUAAGCCUAGUUCGUGUAACUCUUUAAGGUUUUGAUUUGAACUUAGGUAUUCUAGAAAUAUUUUAUUCUGGCUGCUCGGAACAGAGCUGUUUUGUUUCCUUAACUGAAGUACUUUUCGUGUCUCCGCUCGGUGUAAUAAAUAUUUCAUUUUCCUCCUGCCACCUCCCUCCCCGCUGCUACCUUCACUGCCCAGACCGAACCGCUAGAAUAAGGGGCAAUUCUAGCUCAGGAAGCCACUGUUUCUGGGUGGAGCUUUUCCAGAGGUGUACCCUUAGUUACUGACCGAAAUUCCUUUGCCAAACUUGGCCAAGUGCAAGCUAGAUGAGUGUUGCGAAGUUAACACUUGAGUACUUUUGAAUGUUUUCAAGGGCAGCUUUUUACUGUGAGCAAAAGCAAGCCUGGCAGAGAGGUGCGCGCUGGCUGCGAGUGCACUUACGUCAAAGAUGUAUUCAGUGCAGCUUGGGUGGAGGUGAAUAAAAGCUUCUCCAGGUGAAAGACCCCGGUGAUGAUUGAACCAGGAAUAUGUCUUGUUGGUAAGAGGCUUCAUUGACUUAUUUUUUUUUUUUUUUCAUGAGAACUCUUGAGAGAAACUGAGCACAAAGUUGCACGUUGGCCCGGGCUCUCUCCCUGUUUCCUUCAACGCUUUCCCCCCAGCACAGCCCUGCUGCAUAACACCCAGUGGUGGUGGGAGAAGGCUCAGUGCGGUCAUCCUUGUUCUCAAAGGAAAAGAAAAAAAAAAAAAAAAGCACAGGAGGAAAGGCCAGAAGACCCC